UCCGAGUUGGGGCUGCUCCGUUGGCUUUCUCCGCCCCUCCCCCUCUCCUGUCCUCCCCUCCCUUCCCCGCCCCCCUCCGCCCCUCUCUCCAACCCGUCCGAAUUCCGUGGUUGGAGUACGCGUGCGCCUGCUCAGCUCCGGGCAGAGCGCGAGCUUGGGCUCGUACCCCACUCCCCUCUCCCCGCCCGCUCUUUACCUACGGGCAGUAGCUGGCCCGGUGGGCUCGCGGGGAGACGCUCGCGCGCGCAAGCGCACACGACACGGAGCGGAGCUCGAGACAUCGAGGAGUAAGAAGCAUCGGAGGAGGCGAUCGGGGAGGAGGACGUGUGUGUGUUGCUAUAGAAAUAUAUGACCACGCAAAAGGAAGUCCAUUCUAAUAAUUCUGAUACCUGAGAUGUAACUGGACUGAAGACUAGAAACAGGAAAAAUUUUAGUGCCAACUUUAAUUACAAUGGCCACUGAUUCGGGAGAUCCAGCCAGCACAGAAGAUUCCGAGAAACCUGAUGGAAUUUCACUUGAAAACAGAGUUCCUCAGGUUGCUGCGACUUUGACAGUAGACGCUAGACUAAAGGAGAAAAACAGCACCUUCUCUGCUUCUGGGGAAACCAUAGAAAGGAAGAGAUUUUUCCGAAAGAGUGUUGAAAUGACGGAAGAUGACAAAGUUGCCAAAUUGUCCCCAAAAGAUGAGAGAAUAAAGACUGCAACAAAUAUUCCAAGAGUAGAUAAACUUCCUUCAAAUGUGCUGAGAGGUGGACAAGAAGUUAAAUAUGAACAGUGUUCAAAGUCAGCCUCGGAAAUCUCAAAAGAUUGUUUCAAGGAGAAAAGUGAAAAGGAAAUGGAAGAAGAAGCAGAAAUGAAGGCUGUAGCUACUUCUCCUAGUGGCAGAUUCCUGAAAUUUGACAUAGAACUAGGAAGGGGAGCAUUUAAAACAGUGUAUAAAGGACUGGACACUGAAACAUGGGUUGAGGUUGCUUGGUGUGAGCUGCAGGAUCGAAAGUUAACCAAAGCUGAGCAGCAGAGAUUCAAGGAAGAAGCAGAGAUGUUGAAGGGUCUCCAGCACCCCAAUAUAGUUCGAUUUUAUGAUUCCUGGGAAUCUAUAUUAAAAGGAAAGAAAUGUAUCGUAUUAGUGACUGAACUAAUGACAUCUGGAACCUUAAAGACGUACUUGAAACGAUUUAAAGUCAUGAAACCAAAGGUCUUAAGGAGCUGGUGCAGGCAAAUUUUAAAGGGGUUGCAGUUCUUGCACACCAGGACUCCUCCUAUUAUUCACCGGGAUCUGAAGUGUGACAAUAUUUUCAUCACGGGACCCACUGGAUCUGUGAAGAUUGGUGAUCUAGGAUUAGCCACCUUAAUGCGCACAUCAUUUGCUAAGAGUGUCAUUGGAACUCCUGAAUUUAUGGCCCCAGAGAUGUAUGAAGAACACUAUGAUGAAUCCGUAGAUGUUUAUGCUUUUGGAAUGUGUAUGCUGGAAAUGGCCACGUCAGAGUAUCCUUAUUCUGAGUGUCAGAAUGCAGCUCAAAUAUACCGUAAAGUAACUAGUGGCAUAAAACCAGCCAGCUUCAAUAAAGUCACUGAUCCUGAAGUGAAAGAAAUCAUUGAAGGAUGUAUUCGUCAAAACAAAUCUGAAAGGUUGUCUAUCAGGGACCUAUUAAACCACGCAUUUUUUGCUGAGGAUACAGGACUGAGGGUGGAGUUAGCAGAAGAAGAUGAUUGCUCAAAUUCAUCCUUGGCUUUAAGACUCUGGGUUGAAGACCCUAAAAAAUUGAAAGGCAAACACAAGGACAAUGAAGCUCUUGAAUUUAGUUUCAAUUUAGAAACAGAUACACCUGAGGAAGUAGCAUAUGAAAUGGUCAAGUCUGGGUUCUUUCAUGAAAGUGAUUCCAAAGCUGUUGCUAAAUCCAUUAGAGACCGAGUGACCCCGAUAAAGAAGACAAGGGAGAAGAAGCCUGCUGGCUGCUUGGAAGAACGCAGGGAUUCUCAGUGCAAGUCUAUGGGGAAUGUAUUCCCUCAGCCCCAGAAUACAACUUUGCCCCCUGCUCCCACUCAGCAAACUGGGGCUGAAUGUGAAGAAACUGAAGUUGAUCAACAUGUUAGACAACAGAUUCUGCAAAGAAAGCCACAGCAGCACUGCUCCUCUGUUACAGGUGACAAUUUGUCUGAGACAGGAGCUGCAUCAGUUAUACAUUCAGAUACUUCAAGUCAGCCCAGUGUAGCCUAUUCCUCAAAUCAAAUGAUGGGCUCUCAAAUGGUUUCUAACAUCCCGCAGGCUGAAAUAAAUGUUCCAGGGCAAAUUUAUUCAUCUCAGCAACUAGUAGGACAUUACCAGCAAGUUUCAGGGUUACAGAAGCAGCCAAAACUGACUCAACCCCAGGUUUCCCCAUUAACUGUUCAGAAGAUUCCACAGAUAAAGCCUGUAUCCCAACCAGCUGGAGUUGAACAACAAGCAGCUCUUCUAAAACCAGAUUUAGUUAGAAGCUUGAAUCAAGAUGUGACAGCUACGAAGGAAAACAUCAGUAGCCCUGAUAACCCAAGUGGAAAUGGCAAACAGGAUCGGAUCAAACAGAGAAGAGCUUCCUGUCCCCGACCAGAGAAGGGAACUAAAUUUCAGCUUACUGUCCUUCAGGUAUCAACCUCUGGAGAUAACAUGGUGGAGUGUCAGCUGGAGACACACAACAAUAAGAUGGUCACCUUCAAGUUUGAUGUUGAUGGUGAUGCGCCAGAGGAUAUUGCAGACUAUAUGGUUGAAGACAACUUUGUGCUGGAAAGUGAGAGAGAAAAAUUUGUAGAAGAAUUGAGAGCUAUUGUAGGUCAAGCCCAGGAGAUCCUUCAUAUCCACUUUGCCACAGAAAGAGCCAUUGGAGUUGACUCUAUUACUGUGGACUCCAACAGUAACCAGACAGGGUCAUCUGAACAAGUACAGAUAAAUUCUGCAUCUACUCAAACCAGCAAUGAAUCUGCUCCUCAGUCAUCCCCAGUUGGUCGGUGGCGAUUCUGUAUCAAUCAAACGAUAAGAAACCGUGAGGCUCAGUCUCCUCCUUCUCUUCAGCAUUCCAUGUCUACGAUUCCUGGCCUACAUCCACUUCCUAGUCCAAAAAAAACAAGUAAUAAGGAAAUAUCACGGGAUACACUGCUCACUAUAGAAAAUAAUCCAUGCCACCGUGCACUCUUCACCUCCAAAUCAGAACACAAGGAUGUGGUUGAUGGUAAGAUUUCUGAGUGUGCUAGUGUAGAAACCAAGCAGCCAGCUAUACUUUAUCAAGUGGAAGAUAACAGGCAGAUAAUGGCACCAGUUACUAGUAGUUCCACUUAUUCUACUACUUCAGUUCGUGCAGUUCCAGCUGAAUGUGAGGGACUCACCAAACAAGCGAGCGUAUUCAUACCUGUGUAUCCACGUCACCAAACUGCCAGUCAGGCUGAUGCACUUAUGUCCCAUCCUGGCGAAUCAACUCAGAUUGCUGGUAACUCUGUUACGACUCUGGCAUUUGAUCAAAAGCCCCAGACCUUAUCAGUACAGCAGCCAGCUAUGGAUUCAGAGGUUAUUUCCCAAGAAGGAGAAACUACAGUGAACACUGAAACAAGCUCUCCUAAGACAGUCAUUCCCACUCAGACCCCUGGCCUUGAACCAGCUACCCUUCAACCCACUACUGUCCAGGAAUCAGAUGGAGAAAGACCUCCGAAACUGGAGUUUGCAGAUAACCGAAUUAAAACUCUGGAUGAAAAAUUAAGAAACUUGCUCUAUCAGGAGCACAGCAUCUCUAGCAUCUAUCCCGAGAGUCAGAAGGAUACCCAAAGCAUAGAUUCUCCAUUUUCUUCCUCUGCUGAAGAUACCCUCUCCUGUCCAGUGACAGAAGUCAUAGCCAUCAGUCACUGUGGAAUUCAAGAUAGCCCUGUACAGUCCCCUAAUUUCCAACAGCCAGGCUCUAAGAUUCUGUCCAAUGUGGCUGCAAGUCAGCCUGCUAAUAUAUCAGUGUUCAAAAGGGACCUGAAUGUGAUAACUUCUGUACCCAGCGAAUUGUGUUUACACGAGAUGUCCUCAGAUGCUUCACUUCCAGGGGAUCCAGAGGCCUAUCCUGCUGCUGUGUCAAGCGGUGGAGCCAUUCAUCUGCAGACAGGAGGUGGAUAUUUUGGCCUAAGCUUUACUUGUCCUAGUCUCAAAAAUCCUAUUAGCAAGAAAUCCUGGACUCGCAAAUUAAAAAGCUGGGCAUACAGGCUACGGCAGUCAACCAGCUUUUUCAAGAGAUCAAAAGUCCGUCAAGUGGAAACAGAAGAGAUGAGAUCAGCAAUUGCUCCUGAUCCCAUUCCUCUGACACGGGAGUCCACAGAUGAUACUAGGGCUUUGAAUAGAUGUAAAGCGAUGAGUGGAUCAUUUCAGCGGGGUCGGUUCCAGGUGAUUACAGUUCCUCAGCAGCAGUCAGCAAAAGUGACAUCUUUUGGAAUAGAACACAUAUCAGUGUUCAGUGAGACGAAUCAUUCUAGUGAAGAAGCCUUUAUUAAAACAGCAAAGUCUCAGUUGGUAGAAAUAGAAACUGCCACACACAAUCCAAAAACUUCAUUUUCUUCUGAGAAGUUACAAGCCCUUCAUGAAACCUGUAAAGAAAAUAAAGGAGUUCCCAAACAAGGUGACAACUUCUUAUCUUUCAGCACAGCUUGUGAGACUGAUGUAUCUUCAGUGACCCCAGAAAAGGAAUUGGAAGAAACUCCAGCCACAGGAAGUAGCAUACAGUCUGGAUCUGAACCAUUGCUUAAAGAGAAAGAGAUGCCGACUGCUGGGAAACAGCCUAGCUCCGAUAGUGAAUUUUCAGCCAGUCUUGCUGGCAGUGGAAAGUCAGGAGCAAAAACUGGUCCAGAGAGUGAUCAGUGCUUACCCCACCACGAAGAACAAGCUUAUGCUCAAACACAGAGCUCACUCUUCUAUUCACCAUCUUCCCCAAUGAGCAGUGAUGAUGAAUCGGAAAUAGAGGAUGAGGACUUGAAGGUGGAGCUUCAAAGAUUACGAGAAAAACACAUUCAGGAGGUGGUAAAUCUUCAAACCCAGCAAAAUAAGGAGCUGCAAGAACUCUAUGAACGCCUUCGCUCAAUUAAAGAUAGCAAAACCCAAUCUACAGAGAUUCCUUUGCCACCUGCAUCACCACGUCGACCAAGAUCUUUCAAAAGCAAACUUCGAAGCCGCCCCCAGUCCUUGACUCAUGUGGACAAUGGCAUAGUUGCUACAGAGAUGGGGUCUCCUUAUGUUGCCCAGGCCGGUCUCCAGCUUCUGAGCUCAAGUCAUGUGCCUGCCUCGGCCUCCCAAAGUGCUGGGAUUACAGAUCCAGUGUGUGUGGAGAGUAAUACAGCAUCGUGCCAACAGUCCCCAGCCAGUAAAAAAGGGAUGUUCACAGACGACUUACACAAGCUGGUGGAUGACUGGACAAAGGAAGCAGUAGGGAAUUCUCUUAUUAAGCCAAGUUUAAACCAACUUAAACAAAAUCAACACAAAUUAGAGACAGAAAAUUGGAACAAAGUACAUGAAAAUACUCCAUCUACUAUGGGCUACACACCAACAUGGAUUUCUUCUCUGUCCCAAAUCCGUGGAGCUGUCCCAACUUCCUUGCCACAAGGACUCUCACUCCCUUCAUUUCCUGGGCCAUUAUCAUCAUACGGAAUGCCCCAUGUUUGUCAGUAUAAUGCUGUGGGAGGGACGGCGUAUCCAGUCCAGUGGGUAGGAAUUUCAGGAACAACACAACCGUCUAUAGUAAUUCCCACCCAAUCUGGGGGACCAUUCCAGCCAGGGAUGAAUAUGCAGCCAUUUCCAACUUCAUCAGUGCAGAAUCCUGCCACAAUCCCUCCUGGGCCUAAAUGAAUCAUAGUAGAUGAUGAAGAAAAGGGAGGUUUCUUCUGAAUUGUUUUCAGGACACCUAAGAUAUUAAACUUUGUUCCUCUUGGGUUCUGUCAUA